AUGAAUGCAGCUGAUCCCACGUAUCCGCUCUACCCUAUCGUCAGCUUCUUCGCAGCCGCGAUGCUGCUCAUGGUACUUCUGACCAGCUUCAUCCGUCAAAGCUGGAAUCUUGGGGUCGCUCUCUUGUGCUUUUGGCUCUGCCUCAACAACCUCGCCGGUGGUGUCAGCGCCAUCAUAUGGUCAGAUAAUGCUGAUGUUAAGCUGUAUACCUUCUGCGAUAUCGUAUCACACUUGUACGUGAUAACUUGCGUCACGAAGCCCAUGGCGACGCUCGUUAUAACUCGCCGACUGUAUGUGAUUGCCAGUCUCCGGUCUGUGAGCUUCCCCAGCAAGACAGCGAGACGAUGGGACUUAUUGAUAGAGUUAACUCUGGGGUUGGGUGUACCCCUGCUAGUUGCCGGACCCCUCUACUACAUCAAUCAGAGCAACAGGUUCGAGGUCAAUGAAGGAUUCGGUUGCGCGAACUCCCAACGGACUUCGAUACUCGAGAUCCUGACGAUCGAGUCGUGGACGAUAGUCCCGCCUCUGAUUUCGAUUGUUUUCUACUACCCUAGAGUAGUACGAACGUUCUACCGACAAAGCCAGGACGUGAAUAGCUUCCUUAGCAGCGACAACUCGAUAUCGCGGACGAACUACUUCCGCGUACUCGUGCUCGCCAGCAUCGACAUCGUGCUCACACUGCCCACCAGCGUCGUCACCAUCGUUCUCCGAGUCACAUCAGGACUGGAACAAGGCUCUCUCCCUUUCUAUUGGGGCUGGGCGUCGUUGCACUCGGACUGGGAUCCGUCGAGCAUAUCAUACGCGGAGAUCAUGGACGGCAAGGCGUCCUCCAUCGCGCAGUACUAUUACUCCUACUGGACCGCGCCGAUCCUCGCAAUCGCCAUCUUCUUCCUCUUCGGGCUGACGGCGGCGGCUCGUGCAUCUUACUGGCGCUGUAUCUGCACCAUCAGGCCCAGUGAGAAGUCCGUCUAG